AUGACGAAUGUGAAAAUUCCAGAGGAUAAACCUGUUGGUGAGACGGUUUUCUGGAUAACGGUCAACAACCCGAAUCUGGGUGGUCUGACUUUUGGCAUCAGCGGGCAAAAUUCCAGUUACUUCAGUGUCAACAGUAUUACCGGAGAGGUGAAACUCCGGGUCCAUCUGGAUUAUGAGUCAGUGAAGUAUUUCACCAUCCAGAUCUUUGCGGGCCAACCCAAUGGAAUUGAGGCGAAAACGACCAUGACCGUGUAUGUAGAAGAUCGGAAUGACAAUAGGCCUAUUUUCAUGAAUGAUGUCUCCUCCAUCGUCAUCAAUGAGACCCUGCCGGUGGGCUCUGUGAUAUACAUCGCGAAUGCUACAGAUGCAGAUGUAGACCUAUCAGGGCCAGUGAACUACUCCAUCGAAGGGGUCAUCCCCAACAACACCGAGAGCAGGAAUCUCUUCACCAUCGAGAGAAAUGGUUCCAUCAUUCUCCGAGGCAAACUGAACUAUAACAGCAAAAGUCCCUUCUACCAGUUGAAACUUAAAUCCUGUGACUUGGGGGGCGAGUAUGAAGGCAACAAAAAUUUCAUCCAAUGCUCCGACCCCUUCUACCUGUCCAUCACUGUGUUGGAUGAGGCCGACCUGGACCCCCAGUUUCUCAGAGAGUUCUACUCGGCCUCGGUGGAGGAGGAUGCACCCGUAGGGACAUCAGUGCUGACGGUGGAGGCUGUGGACGGCGACAAAGGUCUCAACUGGAAAUUGAAAUACAACAUCACGAACUCUACCAUGCCUGACUGGUUCUGCAUUGAUCCUUCAAGUGGGGAGAUCCAAGUUAACAGUCCCCUGGACCGUGAGAAGCUUCUAAGUGAGAGUGAGGAGGUGCGACUGCAGGUGACGGCCACGGAGACACAACAGAACAUCUAUGGAGGGGAGGCCCAGGCGAGCAUAUGGGUGACACUGAGGGUGACAGAUGUCAAUGACAACAAUCCUGAGUUUUUCAACUGCAGCUUGUCGAACUGUCGUUUCACUCCUGAAGAACGACAAAAUUACUUCUCUGGCUCCGUGGACGAGCACGCAUCCACCCGCAUCCCCAUCGACAACCUCACCAUGGUGGUCUAUGACCCCGACAAGGGCAAUAAUGGCACCUUCACGCUGACCGUGGUGGAUCCCUAUUUCGAUACCUUCAGCGUCUCUCCAGAGCGUGCCUCAGGCUCAGCCGACGUGCAAGUGCUGGUGAAAAAUUCAACACUGGUGGACUAUGAGAAAACUGAAAAAAUGUUGGUGACGGUCGUGGCCACGGACACGGAAAGUGGGAACACCUCUGAAGCUUAUGUGACCAUCUAUCUUAGAAACAUCAAUGACCACAGACCCUCCUUCCCCCAUCCCCCGUAUGAAUUCAUGUUCCCGGAAAACUGUACAGAGAAUGUCAUCGCCAAUAACAUCACUGCGUAUGACGAAGACAAGGACAAAUGGGGCACGAUCACCUACAGUCUGCUACCAGGAAGUGGGACUGACAACUUUGAAGUGGAUCCUAAUACAGGAAAACUGACCGUGAAAAACUGUUCGUUGCUGGACCGGGAGAAGCAGGCCGUGUACUACCUCACGCUGCAGGCCACAGACAGUGGUGGCCUGUCUACCACCACCAACCUGCAGAUCGAUCUGGAGGACAUCAACGACAAUGCGCCCAGAGUCACUGGCACCUACAACAUCUUCAUCCAGGAGGGACAGAACAAUGUCACUUCGACUAUACAGGCCUUUGAUGACGACCAGCCAGGAACCGACAACAGUCGCCUGCAGUUCGAAAUAGAAGACUCGAGUUACAGCCAGAACUUCUCAGUGAACGCCUCAGGUUGCAUCUUCAAUUUGGAGCCCCUGGACCGAGAAAGCAUCGACCUUGACCAGAAUGGUCGCAUUGUGCUGACAGUGAAAGUCAGUGACUGUGGCGACCCAGUCUUGAGUACCUUGGUCAAUGUCACCAUCACUGUGGAGGACAUCAAUGAUAACAUCCCCUUCUUCAACUCCUCCAGCUACAAUUUCUCCGUGGCGGAGAGAGUUUCUGAUGUCCAGGUGGGCGUGGUCGCCGCCGAGGAUGCAGACCAGACGACCGCCAACAACCGCAUCAGCUUCCGCCUCGAGGGCAGCGGAUCCAGUAACUUCAUUGUGAAAGCGUCCUCCUCCGAUCUGCCCUGGGGGCAGGCCCAGGGUCUCCUCUGGCUGCCCCCCGAUGUGAGGCUCGACUACGAGACCCAGAAAAUCUACAGCUUCAACGUGACAGCGGAGAACCCCGAUCCUGGCGACCCUUCAGCCACGGCCAGCGUCACUGUGUGGGUGCUGGACGUGAACGACGAGCCGCCCGUGCUGGAGGCUGCCUCGCUGCAGCGCGUGUCCGUGAACGAGAACGGGUCGCAGGUCUGGGAGGUGACUCAGGUGAAGGCCAAGGACCCCGACACCACGGCCCAGCUGGAGAUCCAGCAGGUGAACGUCUCCUGCGCCAAGGACGGAGUAGUCGUGGACAGCAGCCUCUGCAGCAACUGGUUCUCUGUGAAGCCCAACGGCUCUGUGGUCAUCAGUGACAGCAUGGCCAUUGAUUACGAGACCUGCGACCAGGUGACCCUGAUCGUGAGGGCCUAUGAUAAGAACACAGAGGAAGGCUUCAUGGCUUACAGCAACAAUGGAAGCCUCAUCAUCUCCAUCGAGGAUGUGAAUGACAACGCACCCUAUUUUCUGCCCGUUGAUCAAACCUUCGUGAUCAUCUGGGAACUGACCAGCCCAGGAAAGCAGUUGGCAUAUAUCCAGGCCAAAGACAAUGACUCAGUGAAAAAUGGGAACAUCCAGUUCUCCAUUGUGAAAGUGGAAUUUGUCCCGAAGGAAGGAACCAUGACCUCUUUCUCCCAGGACUUCCGGAUCACCACCUCCUCCGAGGCCAGAUUGUUCACCGGCAGCAUUGAACUGGUGACCAGCCUUGACGCCAAACUCCAAGGCACCUACGAACUGACAGUUCAGGCUCAGGACAUUCCUUCCUCCGGUCCUCCCCUCCAAACGCAAACUACCCUGAAUAUCUUCACCGUGGAUCAGAGUUACCGCCUAACCUUGGAAUUCUCCUCUAGCAAGGAUGAGGUGGGCGCUAACGUGGAGAAGAUUAAGAAGGCUCUGGGCCUGGCCACCAGGACCACCGUCUACGUCGUGGACAUCAAGGACAAAGACUCAACUGUGCGGGCCCAAGGCCACACCUACCUGGACGCCUACUUUGUCUAUCCCAAUGGCACAGCCCUGAACCUUGACCAGCUGAGUGUGAUGAUUCGAAGCGACCAGAGCUCACUGAUGGAGUUACUGGAUCUGGGACUAGUGGUGCUGGGUGCCGAAGACAAACAGAACUCCGACCUGACGCAGAGGCUCAGCGGGGUCAUCAUAGGCCUGGGGGUCGCCCUGGCUCUGCUCAUCGCCAUCAUGACCACGGCACUCGUGUGUGUGCGGAGGAACUACAAACGGGAACUUCGGGCUGUAAAGGCUGCCAAGGAGGCCCGCCAGACUACGACCGGAGUGACAACCACGUCCUCAGCCAUCCCCGGGACUAACGUGUACAACUCUGAUCGGGCCAAUCCCAUUAUGAAUCUGGCCACCAAGGACCUGGGCUUCGAGUCUCAAUCCUCCUGUAGUGACCCGGACCGCACCAGUCUCAACUCACUGGAUGAAAACUCUGUGGACCUGGGAAAAGAGAAGGACAAGUUGGAAAAGAAGAAGCAGCGCCAGAGGAGUGAGAUGGAGGACGACAACGGGUUUCUGGGCGUAGUGCUGUCUGACAGAAAGGAUAGCACGAGAGAACAGCAGAAAGUGGUUUUCUCCAACCCUACCUUUGAAGACACCCAAGUCUCGGAUAUAUGA